AUGGCAGAGGAAACUCCAUCAGUUCUGCCGGGUCUGCCGGGCUUCAACGCCGACAACCUUCAGCCAUGGACCGUGCAAGUAACGGCGUCCAUGACUGUCCUGGCUGUUGUUUGUGUCAUCUUGCGCAUCAUCAGUCGUCGGCUCAGACAACAGUCUUUGGGAUGGGAUGACCGCAUGAUUAUAUUCUCACUGGGAUGGUAUCUCGUGGUUGUUGGCUUCAUCUUUGCCAUGUACGACAAUGGCAUGGGCCUCCAUGCUGACAAGGUUGAGCCUGCGAGGAUUGUCAUGAUGGCAAAGUGGCUGCUGGUGGCCGAAAUCCUCUACGCCUGGAACCUUGGCUGGACCAAGAUCAGUCUAUUGCUCAUGUACUAUCGCAUUUUCCAUGUGCCAUACUUCAAGAAGAUGGCCUGGGCGGUCGGUGGUUUCGUCAUGGCUUGGGUCGUUUGCAUUACUUUCCUCUUCAUCUUCAUCUGCACGCCCGUACAGAAGCUGUGGUACCCUGAUCUCCCUGGCCACUGCAUCAACCAGGUCGGCACUUGGAUCGCCAAUGCCUCGUCAACCAUCUUUACCGAUCUCGCCAUCCUGUUCCUGCCUAUCCCCCAGAUCUGGAAACUUCAGCUGAGGACAACGGAGAAGAUGGGGUUGACCUUUGCCUUUGGCUUGGGUUUCUUCGUCGUUUUUGCCUCGGCUUACCGUACCUCGGUGCUUUUCACGUACACAAACAGCGAUCCCACUUACACCCUGGCACCAACCGUCGGCUGGACAGUCAUCGAAGUUUCUGCCGGUAUCGUUUCGGCCUGUCUUCCCACUCUACUACCUGUUCUUCGACUCUUCGCCAGAAGCAUCGGCAUCAAGCGUAACUUUCUGUCCCCGAACCGAGGAACCAGCGGCGCCAAGUCUUCCAACCUCAACAAGUCGAACUUGAGCGGCCCCAGCCAGAACAAGAGCGUCAAUGGUCUCGCCGGAGAGUCGAAGCGCAGGGCGAGCGGCAGUGCCUUCUACCGCCUGGAUGACGAAACUGAGUCCGACGGCAGCCUCAACACUGGAUCUCAGCCGGUCGUGAUGAACUCUCAAUUUAGACCUGACACGAAAGGGUAUACACACACUGUUAAAACCUCCUGGAUGAACGAACCUCCGGCUGACGAUACAAGGGACGAUAUACCACUGCACGGAAUCCGAGUGCAGACGGAGUUUCGGCAGUCCACCUCGCCGAGGUAG